UGUGGCCGCUCUGGGCCAUGGAUUCAACCUCUAGCAGUUGCACAAUCUUUUUAUUUUCACCAAGCUAAUGAAAUCCAGAACUUGAUUAUAGAAACAGUGGUCAGAUUGGUUACGAUAUUGGAGUGAGGUGUGUGACCGGUGAAUGCAUAGAGUCAAGAAGGUAAAACUUUGUGACAAUAAAGAGGGUAUCUGGAAAAGCUGUGUGACAGUGACCAUGACGGCUGUGGACGGCCUUUCGGACAGUCCAGAGGUGGUUGAGAUGGAGGAUGUCCCAUCUCAGUUCUUUGUGGAGAAAAACUCUUGGGAGGGCCUCCGGGACAUUAUUCACUGUAGCAGGAAGUACUCUGGCAUGAUCGCCAACAAGGCUCCCCAUGAUUUCCAGUUUGUGGAGAAGAAGGAUGAGAACGGCCCCCACUCCCACCGCUUGUACUACCUCGGAAUGCCUUAUGGAAGCAGAGAGAAUUCAUUACUCUAUUCAGAAAUCCCCAAGAAGAUCCGAAAAGAGGCCCUCUUGGUGUUGUCAUGGAAACAGAUGCUGGAUCACUUUCAGGCCACACCGCACCAGGGGGCUUACUCUCGAGAGGAGGAGUUGCUGAGAGAGCGUAAACGUCUCGGAGCCUUUGGUAUCACCUCCUAUGACUAUCAUGCCCAGACUGGCCUGUUCCUCUUUCAGGCCAGCAACAGCCUCUUCUACUGUCAGGACGGGGGCAGCAACGGCUUCAUCCAGUCUGCUCCUGUAAAGCCUGUGGAGAUCAAGACCCAGUGCUCGGGGACCCGCAUGGACCCCAAGAUCUGCCCUGGAGACCCUGAUUUCUUAGCCUUCAUCAACAAUAACGACCUGUGGAUAGCCCACAUUAUGACCGGCGAGGAGAGGAGACUCACGUACUGCCACAAAGGUGUGGAUAAUGUAAAGGAGGACCCCAAGUCUGCAGGUGUAGCAACAUUUGUCAUCCAAGAAGAGUUUGACCGUUUCACUGGUUACUGGUGGAGUCCGUCGGCAGUGGAAGACUCUAACGGAGGUAAAACGGUGUACCUGCUGUAUGAAGAGGUGGAUGAGACGGAAGUAGAGAUUAUUCAUGUUCCAUCUCCAGCACUGGAGGAGCGAAAAGCAGACGCAUACAGAUAUCCCCGGACAGGUAGCAAAAAUCCUAAAGCUAUCCUCAAACUGGCAGAGAUCAAGACAGACCAGCAAGGAAGAAUUGUGAGCACACAAGAUAAAGAGCUGGUCGUCCCCUUCAACUCCUUGUUUCCUGGGACAGAAUACAUCGCCAGAGUAGGAUGGACGAGUGAUGGCAAAUAUGGCUGGGCAGUGCUACUGGACCGCAGUCAGAGAAGGCUUCAGCUGGCCCUGCUGCCUCCAGCCCUCUUCAUCCCUGUCACAGAUGACCCAGCUCAGAGGCAGGAGAGUCUGGAGGCGGUGCCCAGUAACACACAGCCAUACAUAAUCUACGAGGAGACGACAGACGUAUGGAUUAAUGUUCAUGAUAUAUUUUAUCCUUUUAUUCAAACGGCAGAAGAUCAGUUUACUUUCAUUUGGGUAAACGAGUCUAAAACCGGUUUCAGCCAUCUGUAUAACGUCACAUGCCUGUUACAACCGGCCUGCCACCGUUGGACGGAGGACUACCAACACAUAGAGGGAGACUUCAAAUGUGCAAUCAAAGAGGAGGUUACGUUGACCUGUGGAGAGUGGGAAGUGUUGGCAAGACAUGGUUCCAAGAUCUGGGUGAAUGAGGCAUCAAAGUUGGUGUACUUCCAGGGCACCAGAGACACUCCUCUGGAGCACCACCUCUACGUGGUCAGCUAUGACUCACCAGGGGAUGUGGUCAGACUAACCAAGCCUGACUUCUCUCAUAGCUGCUCUAUUAGUCAGAACUUUGACUUUUUUAUCAGCCACUACAGUAAUGUGAGUACGCCUCCAUGUGUUCACAUCUACAAACUGACCAGCUCAGAAGGUGACCCUCUACACAUGGUCCCUGAAUUCUGGGCCAGCAUGAUGGAAUCACCAGGUUGCCCGGGAGAUUACAUUCCACCGGAGAUUUUUGACUUUCCAGGGAAGUCGGGCUUCCAGCUUCACGGGAUGGUGUACAAGCCUCACAAGCUGCUGCGUGGCCAGAAGCACCCGACGGUUCUCUUUGUGUAUGGAGGCCCUCAGGUGCAGCUGGUGAACAACUCCUUCAAGGGGACGAAGUACCUCCGUCUGAACACGCUGGCGUCUCUGGGCUAUGCCGUGGUCGUCAUUGAUGGAAGGGGCUCCUGUCAGAGGGGCCUUAAGUUUGAAGGAGCACUGAAAAACAAAAUGGGUCAGGUGGAGAUCGAAGACCAAGUGGAGGGGCUGCAGUUUGUAGCGGAGAAGUUUAAAUUUGUGGACCUGAGCCGUGUUGCCAUUCACGGCUGGUCCUAUGGGGGCUUCCUCUCCCUCAUGGGCCUCAUUCAGCGACCCAAUAUCUUCAAGUUGGCGAUUGCCGGCGCCCCGGUGACGGUGUGGAUGGCGUACGACACGGGCUACACGGAGCGCUACAUGGAUGUGCCGGAGAACAACCAGCAGGGCUACGAGGAAGGCUCCGUGGCCCUGCAUGUGGACAAGCUGCCCAGCGAACCCAACCGCUUGCUGAUUCUUCAUGGCUUCCUAGAUGAGAAUGUGCACUUUUUCCACACCAAUUUCCUCGUGUCUCAGAUAAUCCGUGCUGGGAAGCCCUAUCAGCUUCAGGUUUACCCCAACGAGCGACACAGUAUUCGCUGCCCUGAGUCCGGAGAGCACUACGAGAUAAUGCUGCUGCACUUUCUACAACAAUACCUCUGAAAUGAGACGACGGCGGAGAAGUGAAGUCUGGUUUCCCCUCCUUUACCCCUCCAGCUCACCGGCCAUCUUUACUCUCCCGCACCUCUCCGCCCGCAUGUCGAGUCUCCACCGGUUCACCCCGUCAUCGAGAGAGCGCCGGACGCGCUGCAGCCACAAGCCCCUCUCUCCUCUGAAGGAGUCGCGUCACCGUUCCACUACGACACCGCCCUCUGUCGCUCGGUCUGUCUCAUGUUGUUACUCGCUUGUUCGCUCUGUCUUCCCCUCCCCCCCCACCACCCUGUACAGUCUGGGGUCUGGGUUACGAGCACAGAGAUUUGGUGUCUCCCCCUGAAAGCUGAACAAAGACAAGGAGAAAUAUUAGCCGGCUGUGUCACAUUGACUCAUCGCUCACUCACGUCCUCAUCUCUGCAAGCAUGAUGGGUUUUUGCCAAAUGUUAUCGCGUUGUCGUCUCCCCCCUCCCUGCUCUAUUUGUUUUAUUCACUCGAGUUAGUGGAUGGGAUUACAGUUCACAUAUAUGAAAUGAAAUCGACACGCAUAUUUGCAGACAUGAGCGCCCACACUAUACAUAUGUAAAAUACAUACACUCACAAGCACACAUAGAAUUGCAAUAUCCAUACUUACUGUGACGCCUUAGCUCGCAGUUUGUGUAUCGAUGAAGAAAAAACACAGACUCUUCUACUGUCCACUUGUUUUAAGUGUGUGUUGUUUAAUAUAAAAUAUUUUAUGGAUUUUUAUUCUUUUUUCUUUGUGCUGAUGUGAGCUGGCCGCUCAUUGACAUUCUUGCGCCGUUCUUUCCCCUCACAUUACAUUUCUUGAGAUGUCUGCUUGCCUUCUUAACACAUAAUUUAUAUUUGUUAAAGUACCUCAUGACUCUUGAUCAUGCUGGUAUUUCCUUUUUUUACUGCAAUAAAGACAACAGGAGGGUGAGCACUGGAGUCUUACAACAGCUUUGUACCACCGGUAUACAAUUUGUACAUGAAGAUGAAUAAAUGUAUGAAUCAAUC